AUGGCGCAUUCUCAAUUUUCAUUAACAUGGGAUUCUCACAAAAAUAAUAUUUGUGGCGGAUUCUGUGCUUUGCAACAAAAUGGGGAAUUUGUUGAUAUGACUUUAGCAGCAGAUGGACACUUUGUUAAAGUACACCAAGUUUUGAUGGCUCUAUCAAGCCCUUAUAUAAAGGAAUUAAUUACAUCUGCCCCUUGCCAACACCCAGUUGUUUAUCUUAAUAAUGUGACCAAAUCUACACUCACUUUGUUAUUAGAAUAUAUUUAUACUGGAGAAGUUAUGGUUCCACCAACAAAUUUAACAUCAUUCAUUGAAACAGCAAAAUCCCUCCAAAUUAAGGGUCUUGAAAGUUUGCAAAGUGAAAAAACAGAUGCAGGUCUUGUCUCUACUCAUACAACGGGAGACAAUUUAGCUGUAAAUAGGAAAAGAAAAAAUGAAGAUGCAAUCACAGACCAGACUUUAAAAUUACCCAAUAUUGCCAGAAAGAUAGCUAUUAAAACAGAAAGCAGUUCAAAUAUUUCUACAUUGAAAGCAGAAGAAAAUGUCAUACAAGAUGAUAGUGGAAAUGAUUAUUGUGUAUCAUAUGAUACACAUAAUUCUGACGAAGAAGACACUGAAAUUGUACAAGAUAUAAAUAAGUCAUCCAAUACAGGAUUGAAAUCAAGUAAUUUACAAUUCACGGUGUCAAUCCGUGGUUCUCUUCAAGUAAUCCUAAACAGAUUCAUGUAUAAUCUACAGUCGACACAAAGCUCUGGAGUGAAACGUUGGCGAUGUAUAGACUACCGUAGUCUCAAGUGCAUGGCUUUUGUUAUAACCAGAGACAAUGUUGUUAUUAAUAGAGGAAAUCCACAUUGUCACAGUUUUCAUGACAAGAAGAUACUACAGAAAAUUGAACACAAUGCUGUUUACUCAGCUUUAUAUGAAUUAGAGGCCCACCGUGAAAGAGAAAGAGAGAAAACUAGUGAACUGGAAGAAACAACUGAAUAUGUAACAACUGACCUGGGAGAUGAGUUAACUGAUUUAAAUGAAGAUAAAACUGAUCCUUAG